UGGAUCGACAUCCGAUCGUUACAGAUGGAGGUUGAUCUGUAUUCUGAUCCCUCGCCGCAAAAAUUGGCUUGUUCUUCUCGAUAAUUUUCCCUCUGCUCUCACAUUCUUUGUUCUCCUUCAACCAAUGCAUUUCAGCCUUAAUUAGAAGUUUUUUUCUCGAAAUUUUCGUUUUCGUCUUCGUCCUCUUCCUUCUCUAGGCGCUGCUUCUCCUGAAAUCUCAGGAUCGGCUUCAAUGAUGAGUUGUACAAGAUGCUGAAUCAACGCUAUCCCAAGGGCUAGAACAAAAAUGACAAUUGCACAAAGCAAAAGGAAAAAGAAGUUCAAAAUAGAGUAUCGUGAAAACUUGAGCAAAGUGUGUCCUGUUUGGAAACGACCUUAAUUUUUUCAGACAGAGAUUCGAUUUUGCAUUUUCAAUGGGAAGCUGCUGGACUAAGCUUUUCAAUAGCGAUCAGAAAGACAAUGCCGUCAAGGAGCAAGUUGAUAGCAAAAACGUACACCUCAUUACGUCGAUUGAGAAGUGGGAGGCGAAGCUUUCGGAAGCAACUAAAGAUGGCAAAAUUGUUGUUGCAAAUUUCAGUGCACCAUGGUGUAGACCUUGUAAAUCCAUGACACCAGCAUUUUGUGAGCUUGCUGAUAAGUAUACUUCCAUGGUAUUUUUGGCCAUUGACGUCGAUGAGCUAGCUGAGCUCAGUAAAUCGUGGGACAUCAAAGCCACUCCAACAUUCGUGUUCUUUAAAGAUGGUCGCCAAGUAGAUAAAUUAAUAGGAGCUGACAAGUCAGAUCUGCAACAGAAGAUAGCUGCCAUGGACGAGGCUUGAUACUUUUUCUUCCCCAUUUACUGAUACAUAAUAGAACACCGAAAGCACAAUACAAAUUCCCAUAACAAAACAACAAGGAAAACAAAAACAAAAAAACAAAAAAAAA